CUUGUCUCAUCUUCUGCUCAAGAGCCGUUUCACUUUCAUACUUCAUUCACGCAACACCAUUCUGCUUGCGUGUCCUUGAAACGCCGUCUUUCCGUCGAGUUGAUUUUUCAGACAGUCGGCUAUCGGCCUGCUUUUCUGGGUCUUGGGUUGCUCUGUGCAUGCACGCAUACCUGCGGCUGCUGAGAAUUGUGGCAUUUUGGUUCUCGUUCCGUCAGUCUUUUGUGCGUUUUAAAAAGACGUUCGCCGUCUCCUGCCGAAGGCCACAAAAUGCUUGAAAUUCGUGGACACUCGUGGGGCUUUUCGCAGCAAGCUGCUUUCGGUUGACGGCUUUUCUCGCGGUCCCCGAAGCUAACACGGGGACGGCAUGCAGAUUUCGCUCCUGCUUGUGUUUACCACAGCCUUUCUUGCCUUCCGUCUACUUCUUCUGAACAUGGAGCGCCUGCAGUGAACGUGUACCCCUUCUAGCCUCCCCGGUCAAGGCCAGAAGAGGCGCAGGAGGCAAGGGGUCCUGAGUCCCAGCGCUCUGCCCUCGUUCUCCAACACUCCAGGGAAUUCUUGCUGUUUUGCCCUGCGGCCUUUUCCUAAUCUGUACAAGUUGUACACACUUGUGGAUACGUGUCCACAAGAGCGCAGCACCUCUUCGAUCGUGUGCUUUCAGGGCUACUUUCUCCAGACAGCUCUCUAUGGGGCUGCUGCUCCUUUUCUUUCUUGAUUUCUUCGAGUCUUCUGCGUUGCUUGUCUCUUCGGAGACGCUUCGCUGCAUCUCCGUUUCCCGUUCUCGAGUGCAUUUGGUUAAAAACGCGAGUAGUUUCCACCUAUCCAUCUUUUUUCCAGGGACAGAUCGCUGAACCUUCACCGCGUUCUCACAGGCCAGCGUGCGGCGUUGAAGGCGAAGCCCCGGGGAAACAGCCUUCCCGGCGUUGUCACUUCGCCCACAGGAAAGACACUUUCUUCUCAGACACGACUCCCCAUAUCUGAAGUUCACAUUCUCCCCAGUUGAGCGCCACCAGUUUUCCUGUUGUCCAGAGCGCCGAUUUCAAGGCGAGGCGAACUCCUUUCACACAAAGCAGCUGGAACCCGCCAAUCCCCUCCACAUGCAUGCAGCUGCCCCUCUCCGGUGUGCGUCUGUCCACUAUGCGCUGACCAGUCAUCAAGGAGAAAGCAGCUCUUCUGGGAUUUCUCCGUGACGGAGGCGGGCAGUCUGAAUCCCCUCCGUUCUGCCAAAUUGACGCGGCAGACAAAGUGUCCACUCACAUCCUUACACUUGUUUUCGCCCCCCCUGUCCUUUAGUGAAUAAAACCUCUUGUUUCAUUUUUUCUGAAGGAGACUGUAAACCUGCUUUUUUGCAUUCAGCUACGAUGGGGCGGACUCCGGACAGCGAGCCUCUAGCGGACGCUCUCGAAUCGGCCUGUCUGUCCGCCGACCGCCGCAGUGCACCGGACGGUUUCGCUUCUUCAUCCGGGCCUCGUUCUUCCUCGCCUGGAAGGCAAUACUGUGCUCCUCAGUCCUUGUCAUUUGCACCUCGCGUCUCGUCGUCGCAAGCUUCUGCCGUCCCUGCUUUCUGUCCGGUGAACCACAGCUUCCCCCCCUCACUGCUUACCGUGCCAUCGUGGGCGCCGGAGCCCGGCCCCCGUGCCUGCUCGGCCUCGACACCUCGGAUACACUUUCAAGAUAAGGAAAGCGACGUUUCCCGUCCCCGCUUCUUCCUCUCUGCGGUGGCGCAUGCGUCCUCUCCGCAACCGUGUGAAGAAGACGAUGGCGUCCAGUUCUUUCUCGCCUGCGACGACUACUCCGCGCCCUCGCUGCCUCCUCUGCGACAAGGCCCUGCGGCUGCUGCGCCUGAGAGCCGCGCCGCGUGUCUGAGCUCGCAGCCUUCUUUCUCCGUUCCCUUCCAGUCGUCGUCUGCCUCCACAGAGUCUGGACCCUCCGCAGGGCCAGGCCCCACAGGAAAUUCGGCGCAUGCUCCUCCUGCAGUGCUUGGCACCUUUGCGCAUCCGCCCGCUUCUGGGGGAUCUGAUCCCACUCAGGUGUCUGUCCGCUGCACGGGCGGCGGGCCCUCGCGAUUCCCUGCAGGCGGCGAGACUCACCGAAACGACGGCCAGGUCUUUCCUCCAGGACAGUCACAGAGCGAGGCUGGAGCCGUUUCCUCGUUUCCCUUCGAAGCCUCAGGCGCGCACACGGUCUCCGCCGAUCCGCCGGGCUUCGCCUCGCUGCCUAGCCAGCUGCGCCGGCCUCCUCAGACGCAAGGGCCUCCCUUCUCGUCUCCCGGCCCCACCUUCGUCCUCGCCGCCGGCCCAGAGGGAAAACAGUGGAAAGGACUGGAGGGCCUCCCGUUUCGUCCAGAGGACGGAAAACACAUCGCGUUCUCUCUCCAUGCGGAGACAAAGCAGGUGGGCUCUUGUCCCGCCUUGGGGCCGGGGCCGAGCGUCCGAAGCGACGCUCCACAGCUCGACCAGUCUGCGCCUCAAGUGGCUCCGCCACAGGCCUUAACGUCCGCUGCCGGGGGCCUCCUCUCUGCUUCUCGCCCCGAGCCAUCUCAGCCCGCUUCCUUCGAGAAGGCCCUCGCCGACGACGCUGGACUAAGACCGCCCUUCUCUGCUGUGCCCUCAAACUCGAUUCCUUCUCCCUCUACUUCACUUCCCUCGCCCGCGGCGUCGCUUUCGUCUGUUCAAGAUCUUCCUCAUCAGUCGUCGCCUGAGGGCGCAUCUGUCCUCUCGCGCGCGUCGUCGGGCGUCUCAGGCCCCCUCGGACCUGCAGCCGGGGCGAUUGCGUCGCGGACGACUUCGAGCGCCGCGGUGCUUCCGCCAGCUGCAGCAGGCGUUGCAGAGCCUGCCCCCGGGGUUUGUUCGGCGGGUGCGCCGAAGCCCGCGGCGGCCCCCCUGAAGGGCCUGGUCUCGGCGCCGCGGCCGUCGGCGCCUGCGGGGCGGCCGCAUGUGCUCAAGAGUGUCGGAGGCAUGCACGGCGGGAAGAGGGGGCCCUUCGGGACUCCAGGUCUGGGCGGGCUCCAGAGCGGCGCGGCGGUGGGGGCCGCGCGCGCGGGGCCGUCUGGAGCGCAUGCAGAGCGGGCGGGGGUGAGUGGGGAGAAUGCGAUCUUUCGCAAGGCUCACCGGACUCCCGCGGAGGCAAUCGUCGCCCACGCCGUCUCCGCGGCUGCGGCCGUGGAGCGCCAGGGCCUCGGGUGGCCGGCACUGGGCCUGUUCUCCCCAGGAGCGGCGCGCGGCGUCGAGAAGGCCGAGCGCGAUGAUGAGGACCGAAAGGCCUGUGUCGCGGCCUUCGAGACCGAACUCCCUCCGAUGGAGUGGCUUCCGUCCAUUUCGCACUUGCUGCAUGUUUUUGAUUACAUUUCGCCGCCGAUUCUACAAAAGUGUCUCGGCGAAGAGGAAGCCUCUCUCGCCGGGAAACCCCACGGUGAAGACAGUGUGACGGCCGCGAAACCUGCAACCUCUCGGCCUGACGAGGCCGCGCCCCUGCCGCCCGCGGGUGUGCUGUCUCAGUCCAAAAGCAAGGGGACGCCUGAGAAGCCCGAAGGGCCUGCAGUCCCCGCAGUUGUCUCCGCGUGUGGCUCGCUCCCGCCCGCCUUUCCGCCGCCUGUCUCCGAGCUGCUGGGCCCCCCGCCGCCGCCCACGGGCGGCUUAGGACGAGGGCCCUUCCCGCCGGCGAGUACCCUCGCUCCCUCAGCUCUUCUUGCCGGCGCAGUCGAUCCCGGAAGUCUCUUCUCAAAGAGUCGCCCCCGCGGCCUGGCCUCGAAGCGCCCCCACAUCCACACGCUUCUCCACCCACGCGGCUGGAGACAUCGGGGCCUGGAGAGGGACGACGCAGUCCGAGGCCGCGGCCUGUUGCCUGCGAAAGCCUUCCCCGCAACGAGUGCAUGCGCAAACGAGCCGGACCCGCCAGCUAGCCAUGGACGGGGCAAUCCGCAGACGGGUGUAAAUCCGAGAGGCACGCACCCGGGUGAAGCGCCUUUCCAGCGGUCAAUCGUUCCGCCGGACAGACGCCUGACAGUCGUGAGCCUCGACCUAAAGCGGGCGUGUGGCGCUGCGCUCUUCGAUUUGCUCCGCCAGAUACUGGAGAGGGACGCGGAUAUCGAGCCGGUGGAGAAAGGCGAGCAGGCAGAGAAAACUCAGCAGGGGGCUGGGGCUCCGACGACGCCUGACACGGAGGCCGCUCAGAAGAGCGAGCGCGGAGAAAAAGGCUCUCAGUCAAACUUUGCGGGGCCCGAGGGAGAGGCGGAAAACGGAGAAGGGAGGCCUGCAGGAGAAGCAGGCGACGCAUCGACGCGGCUCGGCCCCGGGAGACCAGAGCGACCGGCGGCGGCGGGGCUGGCGGGGGACGCCAGGGCGAAUGCAUGCGCUGGGAAGGGGCGUGCUGGUCUUCCGUCCCCAGAGGAAAUGCUGUGGAAUCUGGCCGACUGGCACGAAGCCGUCGACGCGCUCUGCGUCGCCUGGCUAGCGGACGCAAGUCUCCCCCCUGUUCUCUCUCUUCCACAAAUCCCCGCUUUUUCGCCUUCUCCAUCUUUUCUGUCGUCAUUGCCGAACUCUCUUUCUCCGUAUUUGCUGCGGCAGCCUGUGUCCUGUCUCUCUAAUCGGAGAAGGCGGGCCGACACCAGUCUCUCUGGGACGCGCGCAGGAGACUGCGCCCGUGCAGAGUCGGGCCCUGUGUCCGAGGCGGGGUCUCCGAGGCCGGAAGAGGAAGGUUCACAGACAGAGGGGACUGUGGUUGCUGUGACAGGGGCGCAGGCCCAGAGGGAAACCGGCGGGGAGAAGGAGGCCGAGAUGAAGAAAGAAAACGAAGGUGAGAGAAAAGGAGGCAACGAAGACGAGAGAAAGGAAGAUGGGGUUGAUGAAUUAGGAGACUUUCACUGGGUUUUAAGUCUCGCAGAUCUCCUGGCUGCGGAUGUCCGGCGCCAACUCGCGACCGCCGCGGAGCGCGAAAUCGACUUCGCAUGCCUCGUGCAAAUGGCAGACACCCUGCAGAGGGAAGAAGUGGAGCAGAAACAACUAGUUGGGCUGCCGUUGGAGCCGGUGGCGCGCAACGCUGACGCCGGAGACGAUCGGGCCCCGAGUCCCAAGUACCCCGGCAGUGAGGGCAGCGCGGGGCGAGGCGGCAGCACACCGAGCGCAUGUGGAACCGGGCCGACUGAGACUCGUUUGUUUCACCCCAGCUCCCUUUCUGCAGGCGCUUCAGCGUCGCCCUCUCUGUGCUUGUCGUCUGUCUCUUCGCCCGCCUCUGGCGCCUCCGGCUCUUCCUACUCUCCCUCGAACGACGACCCUGCUGCCGCAGGAGCUGCUGCCGCCUUGGCGGCUCCUCAACUUUCGCCUUCUUCUCAGCUGGGCACCCAUGCGAAAGGGCCUUUUCUGGGCGCGUCGUCUGGCCGCUCACUGGCGUCGUUCGCUGCGCCCUCUGCCAGUCUUGCGGCGCUUCUCUCUGCGUUUGCGUGCAUCCUCGAAGUCGAUGUGCAAGAUGCAGAAAGCCAGACGCGCAUUGACGACAGAUUUCACUGGGAUCUCCGCCACGGGGACUCAGCCGUUCUCGCAUACUGCCAGCAGCUGGGCGUCGACUUCGCCCUUCCACCGCGCCUCGUUGCGCUCUACCGCGUCGCCUUCCACAGAGGCGUUGAGCGCCGCAAGCGAGACCUGGUCUCCGAAUAUAAGCCGGAGCUGAAACGCUUCCACUGUGCGCGAGGCCUCGCGCCGCCCUUGGGGACUGUAGCGAAAACUCGCGCGCCCAUGCGAGAGCAACGCUUCGGUGGUGGCCAGCUCUUCUACAGACCUAAUAGGACUUUGUUCGACGAAGGCGGCAGAGCGGGUCUUUCCGGAUCGCUUCUUCUUCCGUGGUCCUCUUACAUCGUGUCCUUUCGCCGGACACAACCUAGCAUUCGGCGUCCCCUUUUUCUUUACCCGCCAGCGAGCUCCGCUUGCACUUUGGUUUCUCUCCUGCCUCACACUGCGCUCGAGCGUCUGCCGUCUCCGUUUCUCGCUGGCGCUCCUCCCUCUCUUUCCUCGGACUCUCCUUUCCUCGGUCGCGGCCCUCGUGCUGAGGACGGGGCGGCUGGAUCCGGCGACAGCAAACGAGUAUCUCUCUCGCAAGAAGCGGACAAAGAACAGAGACGGUCUCUGCUCUUCGACAGAGACGGAGAGCGACUCAGCGACAGCUCUGCACACGCUCACGACGUCGCGGACUUCGGCCCUCUGGUUUUCAGAGGCCCCGCUGCCGCUUCGUGGCCUGGCAGAAGAGCCGGUCACAAACGAAGAAGAAGGUGAAGAAGCAUCAUUUUCACGUCUCAAAAGUGUCUUUUAUCAACCCAGGAGAUGACGUUAAACGCAAUGGUGCACUUGCGUGCUGACGCGUCUUCCGGAUCGAAACGCUCCUUCCCUGUCUCCUGGCAACAAGGGGUUCGAAGGCGCGGCCCUCUUUGUUCACCCGAGUUUUAGUACAGAGUGCAUUAUGUCUCUGUGUUUAAUUUUGCGUUUCGUACGCCAUUGCGGUUUUCCGUGGACACGCGGCUGCCUGUUGAGCGCAUCUCUGUCGCUGAGGCCCGGCGGCUUUGCCAGGCGUGCUCGUCCGAAAACGAAAAUGACAAUUGUUUUCAGUGGGCUUCCGAAAGCUGCCUGCCACGCUCAUCUCCUGUCACCCCG